AGAAAAACCAUGAUCCUUGGGGAGCAGCGAGCCAAAGUGAGUGAAGAUAAAAUCAGGGCUUGGUUCAGAGAAGUUGAGCUCGCCCUGGCUCAAGACGGAAUUAAUAUCGCCACAGUGUCCCCCCAUUGUAUUUUCAAUGUGGAUGAAAGCGGCUUUCCUUUCUUCCAGGGGGGCAGUGUAGUGGUGACUGAUGCAAAGGAGAAGCAUCCCUACUCCAUCGGGUCUGACACAAAGACGCAAAUAACUGUGCUUUGUGCCGGGUCUGCUGGAGGAAGGAUUCUCUCCCCAUUCAUGAUCUUCCCAGGCAUCAGAUGGACCUACCAUCCCUGGGAUGAUUUUAAAGAAGCGCAUUAUGACCUCACCCCCAAUGGCUGGGUCAAUUCACAAGUAUUCUUGACGUGGCUCAAGAAUGUUUUUGAGCCCGCCACGAAGCAUCUGCCUAGACCUGUGGUGCUGUUUGCAGAUGGCCAUCAAAGUCACGUCAACAUGGAUGUGCACUUUUUCUGCAAACAGCACCAGAUCACUUACUAUGUGCUGCCAGCACACGCAUCACACAUAGUCCAACCUCUGGAUUUAAUUUUCUAUGGGGUACUGAAACGGUACUGGGGUGACAGCGUAAAGGACUACAAACGGAUUUCCAAUGUAGGCGCUGUCACCAAAAAAUCUUUCGCCAUGGUCUUCAGAGAGGCGUGGCUGAAAGCCCACACUCCUGAGAAGAUGGCACAUGCAUUCGAGGCAGCUGGUCUCUCGCCUUGGAACCCCGAUAGGCCCGACUAUUCAAAGUGCAGGGCUAGUCGUGUGUACGGAAACUACCCAGCUGUCUCGAGUCCGUCACCAAAUCCCCUGUCCUCAGUUCCGGGCCCCUCCGUCGAGCCGUCUCCGUCUGUGUGCCCUGCUGAGGACCUUUCUCCAGUUCCGGGCCCCUGCGUCGAGCCGUCUCCGUCUGUGUGCCCUGCUGGGGACCUUUCUCCAGUUCCGGGCCCCUGCGUCGAGCCGUCUCCGUCUGUGUGCCCUGCUGGGGACCUUUCUCCAGUUCCGGGCCCCUGCGUCGAGCAGUCUCCGUCUGUGUGCCCUGCUGGGGACCUUUCUCCAGUUCCGGGCCCCUGCGUCGAGCCGUCUCCGUCUGUGUGCCCUGCUGGGGACCUUUCUCCAGUUCGGGGCCCCUGCGUCGAGCAGUCUCCGUCUGUGUGCCCUGCUGGGGACCUUUCUCCAGUUCCGGGCCCCUGCGUCGAGCAGUCUCCGUCUGUGUGCCCUGCUGGGGACCUUUCUUCUGUUCUGGGCUAUUCUACUGACCUGUCCUCUCCUGCUGCUGCCCCACGCACCAAGAGUAUUGCCAUGGCAGUGGACCAGCUAGUGGAUUUCAUUAUUUCCUCUGGUUGGUCCGCUGCCGACAUGUACAGUGUCCGCAGACAGCAGUGGAGAAAUGUCCCUCCAGGCCCAGGUGACGACAAGUACAGACAAUACCUGGAGCUGUAUAAUGACAUUGUGCCCCCUCCCACAUUUGACAAUCUCCCCUUACCUCAAAAAUCUUCGUCCGCCAAAUCCGCAACCAGAGUGCAGCCUCCGAAAUAUGUCUCCGGAGAAAAGUUUCGGGAUUUUCAAGAGAGAAGGGAAAGGGAAGAACGAGACAAGAAAGAAGCCAUCGAGGAAAGAAAGAGAGAGAGGGCUAGAAAGAAGGCGGAAAAGGAUGCUGAGAAAGAGAAAAAGAGGCUAGAAAGGGAAACAGCAAAAAGAAUGAAUGCGGCAGAGAAAGAGGCCGAGAAAGAGAGAAAGAAGAUCCAAAGAAAAGGAAAGAGAAAGGCCACCUUGGAAAAAAAGCACAAGGGAAAGUCCAUAAAGAAGAGAAGGGCUGAUGUGCUCAAUGAAGCUGAGAGUGAGAGUGAAUCUGAUUCUGUUGGCGUCCAGUAUAUGGACAGCUCUGGGGAUGAGUGUGAAGAGGUUUUUGAGCGGAUGUUGCAUGAGUAUGAUGAGAAUACAUGUUUUGAUUGUGGGAGCGACAGAGAUUUAGACGGAUGGAUUGCGUGCGACAGAUGUGAUAAGUGGUACCACAGGAGAUGUACAGGGUCGAGGAUGGAGUUAAUUGUCAGUAUGAGUGAGGAUGAAGUUAGUGAAUAUAGGUUUAUUUGUGAUUCAUGCAUUCCGUAAGCUGCAGAGAAAGUUUAGUUUUUGUUGAGUUUUGAUUGUGUUUUUGUUAAAUUACUUUGCUGUUUUCUUAUUUGUUGAAAUUGUUUGAUUCUUGUUCCUGCUGUUAAAAGUUUGUACUCUGAAUUCUUGAAUGUGUGUGUGUGAUCUUUGUGAGAGAUGGUGCGUAUUUUUAAAGUUUAUUCAGAUUGCUGUAUGAUUGAGUUGGCAGUGAGAGAGAUAAUCAGUGGCCACUAAGGGACGCACGGGGAAGUGAUGAAAAGCAUGACGGAGGAAGAGGUGGCGAUUAAUGGAUACAGGUACAUCAUCAUUUCAUCUAUUAUAUUUAUCUUCAAAUGAUUUGUUGUUUCUCUUUUUACCUGUUUUUGAUUCAUAUGUUGCUGUUCUCCAUUGAGUUAUAAAAAUUUGCAAAAG